GCCAUGGCGGUUCGCCUCCUCUUGGCCCGCGCCCUGCGGCUGUUCCCUCGCUGCCGCCUGCGCUGCGCCCCGCGCCCGGACCCGCGCCCCGAGCCCCGCUCCGUUCCUUCCCCGUCCCCGUCCCCGUCCCCGUGGCGGCCGUGGCUGUCCUGGCUCCCCGCCGCCCGCCGCCUGCUGCUGCCCGGCCCGGCCCGCGGGCUGGCGGGCGCGGCGCUGCGGGGCCGCGGCGGGGCCUGCCUGGCGCUGGCCAUGGCGCUGGGGCUGGUGGAGCCGCGUCUGGAGGAGCAGCGGCGGGCAGAGGCGGCCUGCAGGCACAUCCAGACCGUGUUUGUUGGGAAGAACAAGCCACAGAAAGAUCCCCUGAGCUGCUUCCGCUGGCAGGGCUUCAAGCUGGAGGAAUAUCUCAUCGGCCAGCCCAUCGGGAAGGGCUGCAGCGCCGCCGUGUAUGAAGCAGCUAUUCCUUUCUCCCGCCGUGGUCAGGGCUGUGUGGAGAGCGGGCGCCUCGCAGGGCAUGGCUCAGCUUCACAGGCACCAGAAGAGGAGCCCGUAGUGAAACGCCAACCGAAGGAGGCUUUUCCAUUAGCCAUCAAAAUGAUGUGGAACAUUUCGGCUGGUUCCUCAAGCGAAGCCAUCCUUGAUGCUAUGGGCCGAGAGCUUGUUCCAGCCACAGGGGUUGCCUUAGCUGGAGAGUACGGAGCCAUCCCUGGCCGCAGGAAACCCAUCCUUGGAAGGAAGAAGUUGCAACCUCAUCCCAAUAUAAUCCAGGUGAUCCGAGCAUUCACCUCUUCUGUCCCUUUGCUGCCUGGAGCCUUUGCAGACUAUCCUGAUGUUCUUCCAUUAAGCCUGAAUCCCAGAGGGAUCGGUCACAGCCGCACGCUCUUCCUGGUGAUGAAGAAUUAUCCCUGCACUCUGCGCCAGUAUCUGGAGGAGAACAGCCCAGAUGUUUGUCUCUCCACGAUGAUGAUUUUACAGCUCUUGGAAGGUGUGGACCAUCUUGUUCGCCAUGGAAUAGCACACAGAGACCUGAAGUCUGACAACAUCCUGGUUGAAUUUGAUUCUGCUGGCUGCCCCUGGCUGGUGAUCACAGACUUUGGUUGCUGUUUGGCAGAUGAAAACAUCGGCUUGAGACUGCCUUUCACCAGCUCUUACGUGGAUCGGGGCGGCAACGGCUGUCUUAUGGCACCCGAGGUGAUCACAGCCUCGCCUGGUCCAGGCACAGUGAUCAACUACAGCAAAUCUGAUGCUUGGGCUGUUGGAGCCAUCGCCUAUGAAAUCCUUGGCCUGGCCAAUCCUUUCUAUGGCCACGGGGCCUCGGCUCUGGAAAGCAGAAGCUACCAUGAAGAUCAGCUGCCCAGCCUGCCCGACCAUGUGCCCCUCGAGGUGAAGCAAGUGAUAAAGAUGCUGCUUCGGAGGGAUCCCAACAAGAGACUCUCUGCCAGGGUUGCUGCCAACGUGCUUCACUUGAGCCUCUGGGGUGAAAGCAUCCUGGCCACGCAGGCCCUGAAACCCGACCAGAUGGUCACUUGGCUCCUGUGCCAGUCUGCAGCCACCCUGCUCACGGAGGGGCUGGUGGGUAAAAGCCUGGUGGAAACCAAGAUGAAGAUGUGCUUUCUGGCAAACCUCGAGUAUGAAGAGCUCUGGGCAGCCGCAUUCCUGCUGCUGGCCUGGAGGAGCCGCUCUGAGUGCAGCACAAGCCCAUGAUAAAUGGUUCUGUUUGGGCACAUGGGAGUCUGUCUUUUCUGCCUGCCUGGAAUCCUGCAGCACUCUAGGGAACAAACCUGCAGGCCCGUGUGUAAGACGUUGAGUUUCUCUCCAGCAUUAGCACACGCUGCUUUUCUGUCCUGCUAGAGGAAAUGCCUUUGCUUCAUUACUGUCUUGGUGUGAGGCUGUGCAGACCUUGCAGGUGUUCUGAGGUUCGUGGUUGGGGUUGAUCACAUUUGGGGAUUCUGAGUUGACUUCUGAGUUGUGUGUUGAAUGAAGAAGAGGGUGUGUGGGGAGGAGGCACUGUCUAACUGCUCUUUCCACUGAAGCAUCACAGAGACAGUACCUGGAGAAAGCCAAGCCGACAAAGGGAUGUGUGAACUCUGUCCUUAGGGAAUCCAGUGGUGCCCUGAGGGUGCUGUUCCUCUGCAGCCAUGGAUGGCUCUUGCUGUGGAGUGCCAGCCAAAGCCUCCUAGUGAGGUGCUGUCUGGUAACAAGUGUCAGGAAUGCUCACUGCAGACAAGAGCACACCAUGAAACACCCCAGGAGCUGUAUGUGAAGCACAUUGAGCUCAAACCCCACUGAGGUUUGCGUCUUGACUGGUGUAGCCGAGUCAGGCUGUCAAGGUAGGGAUAACACUGCAUUAAAAUGGGGCUGAGCAGUGGUGCCUGCGUGAAGAACCACAGCGUAAUGCUCUUCUGUUUUACUGGCCUGGUUUUCAGUGAUGUGAUACCCUUUGGUUGGGGAGGACACAUCAAGGUUUGAACAACAACAGUCACGUUUAUGAAACCAUCGUUCGUUUUCAUGUCUAGAAUGGUGUUCAGAGGAACAUGGGCAGGAAGUUAUUGCUGCACAGUAAACUGGUUUAUGCUCCUCUGCUGCA